CCUCCACAAUGCGUGGUCGGUCUUCAGCAUCAGUCGUCGUUGAACCCUCGUCUCGCGAGCAGCUACGAUCGUCCGGCGAAUCGAAAGUGUGAACACAUCAGAAAAAUGGCUACCAUUACGAGGUUGUCAAUCAUAAAAUUCCUUGAAUUGCUCUUGGUGUGCAUCCUUAUUGGAUUGCACUAUAAUUCCUUCAAUGUGGGAGAUCAACACACCGCGAUGGUAACCAUGGGCACCUUUGGAGGAUAUCUGAUUAUUUUGGUCGGCUUAUUUAUUGGUAGCGUGAUGGGAACACCGGUGAACCGUCGCGUGGAUCUCUUCUUUUCACUCGUUGGAUGCGCCUUGUUCAUCGCUGCGGGUUCGCUGAAUAUCGAUCAUUUCCACAAGCUGACAUACAAGUCAACACUUCGCGAUACCGGCUUGGCCAAGGGUUCUCUCAGUAUUAUCGAGGGUGCCAUUUUCCUCGUGGACGCAUUCCUCACAUUUCGGGGAGAGAACUGAGAUCUGAAUCGCCUUUUAAGUACAUCGAGGGACUGCACGGCCGACAAACGGUGUUAAUCACAUUCCGCAAUUGACGGAAAUUUUUUUCUAAUCUGUAAGAGAUUGGAAACUGCCAAAGAGUUUCCCAAAGGGAACUUUCUUUACAACCGGGUAGCCAAAUGUGGGCAAACACAAAUCAUACAUGAUGUCGCGAAGUUCCGCUGCUUUAUCGGAAUUGUGCGAAGCACGAGUUCCGAAGCUUUGUGAAACUCACGACUUGCGCCGUUUAUCUUGUACUUCUCGCAAAGUGUCCAUUUUAUCGAGACCGAUCCAUUUCUUUAACUUAUUAACUUGUUGGAAAAUUUUUAUUUUAAAAUUUUUGAAAAUUUAAUGAAGAUAAAUAUUUGCAAGUCCGAUUGUAUCUUAUUGAUAAAGGCAAAUUUCUGGUAUAAAUUACGCUUUUCAGUAUAAAUAUGACUUCGCGACAAUAUCUAAUCGAUGAUAGUACAAAAAUGUGCAGGGGUCAUAUAAUAAUGAUACAUACUUGCAUAUUAUAUCUAUAUAUAAUAAUGAUAUAUACUUACAUAUUAUAUCUAUAUAUGUAUGUUAAUAUUAAUAAGAAGCAGUCCCUUUGUAGAAGCAGGCCAAUUAGUAUCAUAAUCAUAAAUAAUAUACUGAUAUCACACUCAUAAAAGUUAAGUUAUUCUAAGGUGUGACAAACAGCGACAACAAGAAGAUAAGAAAACAAUAGAAAAUUUUUAUAUACGAUAUCAUUUGAAAUGUAUCUCGACACUGAACAAAUUCAUUAUAUUUGCCAUUCUUUCAGUAUUUGCGAAAUAUUUAUCCUUGAUUUAUAUAUUUUUACGCUAUGACUUCAAUAAUAAAGAAAAAUUACGAAACGAUA